UCGCCAGCGGUUCUAAUUGCGCUAACUCUGCUGUGAUCAUAAAUAUUGAUAAUACAUAUAUUCUUAUCCAUUCUCGUUUGUUUUGAGCAAUUGUGUGAAUUUGUGCAAAAUGUCUGCAGUUACAAAAGGCAUCUAUAUUGUCGCUGCCAAGCGCACGGCCUUUGGCACCUUUGGCGGUGCUCUGAAGAACAUCAACCAGACACAGCUACAGACCACAGCUGCCAAGGCGGCGCUGGAAGCGGCUGGCCUGAAGGGCGAACAGGUGGACACGGUCGUCGUGGGCAAUGUGAUUGCGUCCUCCUCCACGGAUGGCAUCUAUGUGCCACGUCACGUGGGUCUGAAUUGUGGCGUUCCCAUUGAGAAGCCCGCGUUGGGCAUUAAUCGCCUGUGCGGCUCCGGCUUCCAGUCCAUUGUGAAUGGUGCUCAGGAUAUUUUGGUGGGUGGUGCUAAGGUGGCGCUCACUGGCGGCGUGGAGAGCAUGUCCCAGACGCCGUUCAUAGCGCGCAACAUGCGCUUCGGCACCACACUGGGCGGUAACUACAAUCUGGAGGAUGCGUUGUGGGCAGGUCUCACGGACACCUACUGCAAGCUGCCCAUGGCAUUGACUGCCGAGAACCUGGCCGAUCAGUAUAAGAUCUCCAGGGAGCGUGUGGAUGAGUUUUCGCUGCGUUCGCAGAAGAACUGGGAGAAGGGACAGCAGGAGGGCGCCUUCAAUGCUGAAAUUACGCCCAUCAAGCUGAAGGUCAAGGGCAAGGAGGUGGACUUUGUUGUGGACGAGCAUCCACGUCCCAAGACCACCAUCGAGGGCCUGGCCAAGCUGCCGUCGCUGUUCAAGAAGAAUGGCGUCGUCACCGCUGGCACAGCCUCUGGCAUCUGCGACGGCGCUGCUGCCGUUAUCGUUGCCUCCGAGGAGGCGCUCAAGGAGUACAACCUAAAGCCUCUGGCACGUCUCGUCGCCUUCUCGUUUGUAGGCGUCAAGCCUGAGAUAAUGGGCAUUGGCCCUGUGCCGGCCAUACAAAAUGUGCUCAGAGUCUCCGGCAAGAAAUUGGAGGACAUUGACCUGAUCGAGAUCAACGAAGCCUUUGCCGCCCAAACUUUGGCCUGCGCCGAGGAACUGAAGCUGGAUCCAUCAAAGCUGAAUGUGAACGGCGGCGCCAUUGCCCUGGGUCAUCCACUGGGUGCCAGUGGCUCUCGCAUUACGGGUCAUCUGGUGCACGAGUUGCAGCGCAAGAAACUGAAGUAUGGCAUCGGCUCUGCCUGCAUUGGCGGUGGUCAGGGCAUUGCUCUGCUCCUUGAGGCUGUCUGAGAUUAAACAUGUUCUGCAUUUACAAUAAGAUUAGGCAUUUUGAUUGAAAUAUAUAUAUACCUACAAGUAAUAAAAU